UAUUAAAAUUGAUAUUUUAGGACUUUAAAAUGAAGAAAGGCAAUAAAAAGUCUUUAAAUGAUGACAUAUGGGAUGAGUUAGGAGAAGACAUAGUUCCACAAAAUAUAAAUCAAAAUAAUCAUAACGAAUUGCAAAAUGAUUCAGUUAACUCUAAUACAAAUUUCAAUGAUUUGACAGAAGACUUUGACGGAUUUAUGUCAACAUUGAAAGCAUCAUCAAAAAAUAAGUCUAUAAAAAAGGAAAAUGGGUCUUCAAUUCAAAAUUCAAAAAUACAUAAUAAAAAUUUAUCAAAACAAAAUUUAUCUUUAAAUCAAAAUAAUUUAUGUGAAAAUAAUAAUAAAAUUGGAAAUCAAAAGUUUGAAGAAGUACCUGAAAUUAGAUUAAAAACUAAAAGAGAAAAAGAGAAAGAAAAAAAGGAAAGAGAAAAACUCAAGAAGUCUGAAAUGAAAAAUAGUGUAAAUAAGUUAGAUCUGGAAAAAGAAAAAACAAAAGCCUCUGAAAUUGUUAAAACAAAAAAACAAGUAAAUGGGCCUACAAUGGUUACAAAUACUUCUCACGAACCAACUUCUGCGAAAAAAACUAAAGCUAGAGCAAUUAAUAUAGCAGCACUACAAAAGCAAAUUGAACUACGUAUGCAAAUAGAAGAAGAAAGAAAAAGACAGGAAGAGGAAGAAAAGAGGAUGAUAGAAGAAGAAGAAAGGAAAAUACAAGAAGAAGAGCAAAAGAAACGUGAAGCAAAAGCUAGAAAAAAGGAAAAAGAAAAAGCGAAAAAAGAAGAAUUGAAAAGUCAAGGGAAAUUUUUAACAAAAAAACAAAAAGAACAGCAACAAAUGGCUCAAAUAAAGAUCCAACAACUUUUGGCAGCUGGUGUAAAAAUUGAAGGGCUUACAAAUAAUAUGAAUUCCGAGCUUCCUGAUAAAUCGAAUCGUUUAGUUUAUGAUUUUAAAAGAAAAAAGUCCAGGAAUAAUAUCAAAAGUCUAAAUAAUAUGAAUAAUGAGAUUGGUCUUAAUGUUGAACUUAAUAAUGAUAUAUCCGAAAAUAAUGGUACUACAGAAUUGUCUAUUCAGAAAGAUGAUUUAGAUCAAGAAACUUUAGUAUCAGAUUUUGAAAAUGAUAUAGUAGACGAUUGGGAAAAAACUCUGGAAGAUGAAGACAAUAUAUUAGAUAGUUGGGAAGAUGCUUUUGAUUAUGAUGAUAAAGAUUCGUGUAAAAUUGAUACUAAAGAUACUAAUUUUAGGUUAUCUGAUCAAUAUUUAAAAAUUCAACCACUUGAAAUAAAUAAUAAUAAUUGUAUUGAAAAAACUAAUGAUGUGAAUUAUUCAGGAACUGAGCAUGUAAAUGAGCAUGUAAAUGCGAAAGUUGGACAUGCAAGUAUAAGAAAAAAAGAAACAAUACAGGAUUCUUGUAUAAAGGAAAAUAAAAUUUUGUCAUCUAAAAAGAAUUCUAAAAACAUAGAAAGCAAUUUGAGGUCUCCAAUAUGUUGUAUUCUUGGCCAUGUUGAUACUGGAAAAACAAAAAUUUUAGAUAAAAUUAGACAAACUAAUGUACAAGAAGGUGAAGCUGGCGGUAUAACACAACAAAUAGGUGCUACAUAUUUUCCUAUGGAUUCUAUAAAACAAAAAGUUUCUGUUCUGGAUAAAAAUGAAAAACUUGAAUAUAAAGUACCUGGGCUUCUUGUUAUUGAUACGCCAGGACAUGAGUCUUUUACAAAUUUACGAUCUAGAGGUUCUAGUUUGUGCGAUAUUGCAAUUUUGGUUGUAGAUAUUAUGCACGGUUUAGAGCGACAAACUCUUGAAUCACUACGUUUAUUAAAAGAACGAAAAACACCUUUUAUUGUUGCAUUAAAUAAAAUUGACCGAAUAUAUGGGUGGGACUCUAUACCAGAUGGCGCAUUCCAAGAAUCAUUAUCAAAACAGAAGAAAUCAGUUCAAAGAGAAUAUCAUGAUCGAUAUACAAAAAUUGUUACGGAGUUCUCAGAACAGGGAUUAAAUGCAGUUGCAUAUUAUGAUAAUAAGAAUUUUGCAAAAAAUGUCUCAAUUGUCCCUACAUCAGCAUUAACCGGGGAAGGCAUACCUGAUAUGUUAAUGCUUUUAGUAAAUUUAACUCAGCAACGUAUGAGUAAUAAAUUAAUGUAUUUGUCAAAACUUGAGGCUACAGUAUUAGAAGUAAAAGUUAUUGAAGGUCUUGGAACUACUAUUGAUGUUAUUUUAUCGAAUGGCGUUUUAAAAGAAGGUGAUCGUAUUGUUUUAUGUGGAUUAAAUGGUGCAAUUGCAACAAAUAUACGCGCUCUUUUAACUCCUCAACCUUUAAAAGAGUUAAGAAUUAAGUCUACAUAUCUGCAUAAUAAAGAAGUAAAGGCUGCAUCAGGUGUAAAAAUUUCUGCAAAUGAUUUGGAUAAGGCUAUUGCGGGUUCAAGAUUGAUGGUUGUUGGUCCGAAUGAUAAUGAAGAAGAAAUGAAGGAAGAAGUUAUGGAAGAUUUGCAUGGUUUAUUAAAUUUCAUUGAUACCAGUGGUAUUGGUGUUUCUGUUCAGGCUUCUACUCUUGGGUCUCUUGAAGCUUUACUUGAAUUCUUAAAACAAAAUAAAAUUCCCGUUUCUAGUAUAAAUAUUGGUCCUGUUCAUAAAAAAGAUGUUAUGAAAUGCAGUGCUAUGAUUGAAAGAGCUAAAGAGUAUACAGUAAUGUUGUGUUUUGAUGUAAAAAUUGAUAAGGAUGCUGAAGAAUUAGCAGAGCAGCUUGGUGUAAAAAUUUUUAUUGCUGAUAUUAUAUAUCACCUUUUUGAUUCUUUUACUGAAUAUCAAGCCAAAAUUAUGGAAUUAAAGCGUCAAGAAAGCGCGCCUGAAGCAGUGUUUCCUUGUAUACUAAAAACUAUUGCUGUUUUUAAUAAAAAAGAUCCUAUACUUCUUGGUGUUGAUAUAGUAGAAGGAGUAAUUAGAGUUGGAACACCUAUAUGUGCUAUAAAGAUUAGUCCUAAUACACAAGAACGUCACAUUGUAGAUUUAGGAAGAAUAGCAAGUAUAGAAAAAGAUCAUAAAGUUAUGAAUAUAGUUAAAAAGGAACAAGCUAGUAAAGGUGUCGCUAUUAGAAUUGAAUCUGCUUCCCAGAUACUUUUUGGUCGUCAAGUUGAUGAAAAAGAUAUUCUUUAUUCUCAUAUAUCGCGAAAGUCAAUUGAUGUAUUAAAAGGUAUUUUUCGUGAUGAAGUUUCUAAAGAAGAAUGGAAUCUUAUACGGAAACUUAAAACUGUAAUUUUUUUUUUCUUUUAUGAUUCAUAUUUAUGA